GGUGGUUAUAGGCUGAACAAGAGGUCUAUACUAAUGCAAUCUUAGGCAUGUUCCAAUCUAAUAUGUCGUACCCAUAUCCCUCUCUCGUUUGGGUUGGUUGAAACAGAGCCUGCUCGAGCAACGGUUUGCCUAUUAACUUUUGGAUCCAAGAAGAGAGCCUUUCAUUAUAUAACUAUCAAUGAAAUAGAUGAAUGAGAAAUACAGCCCUUUGAUUAAAUAAUGUAGAUCAAACCUGGAUGUUUAGUAUGUUUGAGAGAGUGAUUUUACAUAAAAUCACUUAAUCAAGUCAAUUUAAACUUUAAUUUUAAACUUUCAAAUGCAUUUUAUCUAUUUUAAAAGUCUUUCAAACGUGUCAGUAAUACUAAUACAAAUUGUAUAAUUAAUUAUUUGAAAAUUAUUUUGACGUUCUUAAAAGUUUAAAUUAAAACUUGGCAUAUAGAUAAUACAUCUUUUAAGUUGAAUUGCCUAUUAUUAUUUUUUUCUAAUAAAAGGUUUUAACUGAAAUCUUAUAGUAUAUAAAAAAAAAAACAAAUAUUUUGAUUGAAAUUACAAUUGAAAUGGUUGCUUCCCUUUUAAGCAUUAAAUAAAAAUGAAAUGGUGAUUGUGUGUGUGUGUGUGUCUUUGUUUUUAAAAAUAUAGUUAUGAUACAGAUAUAAAUAUAGAACAAUUGAAGAAAAAUAAUAUAGUUCAUAUUGCGAAGUCAAGCGAACGGGGGAGACACGGAACGGAGGAACUUCGUCGGAGGAAUCUCUGUGGCCUGAACAUGGCCCGCAACACCAUCAUUUCCAUUCUCCUUCUCCUCCUCCUUCUCACCGUCGUCUCCGACUGUUCCAACAACGAAUCCCGGGUUGAAUGUAGCAGAACUUGUGUUGCAGUUAACUGCAAUACUGUUGGGAUUCGGUACGGAAAGUUUUGCGGAGUUGGAUGGACGGGUUGUGCUGGUGAAAAGCCUUGCGAUGAUCUUGAUGCCUGUUGCAAAGUUCAUGACGAAUGUGUUGAAAGAAAAGGUUUAACUAAUGUCAAAUGUCACGAGAAGUUCAAGAGUUGUAUUAAGAAAGUGCAGAAAUCUGGAAAGGUUGGUUUCUCUAAGGAGUGCCCUUAUUCCACAGCUGUUCCUACAAUGGUGCAGGGUAUGGAUUUGGCCAUCAUGUUCAGCCAAUUUGGUAACUCAAAGCUUGAGCUAUGAUACCUACUUCGGUCGGUGACUCACUCCUUCAUCCACAGCCACAGUUCAUGCCAUCAAUUAUUGCAUAUGGGAAAACUUCACACAAAUUAUUCAUUCAUUGAAAUAAUGUUCUAUAGAAUUAAGAAAUGACAAACAGAAGAUUAAAUCCUCAUUUUUUGUCCUGGUUAGUUGUAAGUUGGAUCAUCUGAAUUUUUAGGGAUGCUUUUAGCUUAGUGAAAGAAGACACCGAUAUCGUUCAUUAUUUUUAGGCUCCUUCAAUAGUUGCUAGAUGUUGGUUUUCCCUCAAUUCAUUUUUAAGUACCCUCCAUUGGGCAAUACUCUUAGACUCUUGCAGAUUGUCUUUAGAUGUCAUUUUUUCUUCAUUUUAA